GCCCGUCCCGCACUCCCGCCACGCCAUGAGAAAUUUCGCCGCCCGAGCAAGCGGCAGCUCAGCCGCUGCGUCAUCCUCGUCAACCAUGAACCACCCCGUGCUUCCCAAUAUAUACGUCGCCACACGCUUCCACACCUCACCACCAGUAUAUACAACCACACGCGGCUCUUGGAGAGCAUAUGCAUUCUUCGCUCCCGGCAGCACAGCCUCUCCGAGCCUCCCCUCCACCGGCAGCUCCGGCCCGAGCGGCGGCGGCACAGGUGGCCAGCGAGCUGCCGGCCUGCUGGUCCUCGUGCGCGCCGAUCUACCGGCAUGGCCGCCGCCGGCCUUCCCCCGGGGUACCGCUUCUACCCGACGGAGGAGGAGCUGAUAUGCUUCUACCUGCGCAACAAGCUCGACAGCCUCCGCGACGACAUCGAGCGCGUCAUCCCCGUCGUCGACGUCUACUCCGUCGACCCGUGGCAGCUCCCAGAUAUUCACGAGAUGCUGUGCGGCGGCGCCGGGGCGGGGGAGCCGUGGUUCUACUUCUGCCCGCGGCAGGAGCGGGAGGCGCGGGGCGGGCGGCCCAGCCGGACGACGCCGUCGGGGUACUGGAAGGCCGCGGGCACGCCCGGGGUCGUCUACUCCUCCGCCGACCGCCGCGCCAUCGGGGUGAAGAAGACCAUGGUGUUCUACCGCGGCCGAGCGCCGUCGGGGGCCAAGACAAAGUAUAAGAUGAACGAGUACAGGGCGCUCCAGCACUACGACGCCGCCCCCGACGCCGCCGCCGCCGCCGGGGCCGAUGGGUCGUCUUCUAGCGCCCGCGCCGCCGCACCUCCUCCGCAGUUGAGGAGCGAGUUCAGCCUGUGUCGACUCUACACCAAAUCUGGAACCCUGAGGCAGUUUGACAGGCGGCCACUCGCCGCCGCCGCGGCAGGCGCCGCUGGCGAGGAUCCUGCAGGGCCAUCCACGGCAGCCGCCGCGUCGCCGCCGGAAGAUGACGAUGGCUCCGGCAGCUCCACGCAACAGCAACAGCAGCAGCUGGCAGAGAGAGGUGCCGACGACGACGAUCCAUACGGCGACGACGCGGCCAUUUUGGAUGCCCUUUUAUACUGGCCUGGAGACUAGCCGUAAAGCUCUGGCACGACCUGUGCGCGCGUGAGCGCAACACGGCAUGCACGCACGCACGCGAGCAACUAAUAAGACUACUCACUUUCCCAAACGAAAGUCUUAAACAACAUACUCCAAACCUAAAUUAACCUGGAGCGUGGUUAGAUGUUAUGUGUAGCUGAUGGUUCAAUUUACCAUUGAUGUAUGAACAAGGCUAAGAGCCGUGUAGAUUAGUACAAACUAGUAGAGAUUUCUGAUUUACCAGAUAUGCUUCGUGCAAACCCUUGUAAACACAGUUUGUUGACCGCAUGCAAUUCCAGAGAAAUUCGUUUUGGUUCCUCCAA